AUGGCGGAUCCUGCCGGUCUCAUCGCGCUCGGCAUCGAAAGCUGCAAGUUGAUUGUACAAUAUAUCGACAAAUGGCGAAGCUUCGAUGACGAUCUGGACAACAUCAAGGUCAAAGCCGAGGGGCUUCUCUCCACCCUGAAGCUCAUUAGCUCCCUACUGAGCCAGAACCCGGCAAUACAGCCCAUGAUCGCAGCAGAAAUUGGUGCAAAAGUCUUGGAGAACGAGCAAUGGAUCACGAAGAUCACCAAUCGAGUUGCGAAGUGGUCGCUGGCUACGCAGAACACUGGUCUAAGUGACAAGGUCCGAUCGGCUGGGAAGAAGAUCACGUACCCUUUCCGCAGGGAGGCGCUGCUGGAUACUGUCAACAUUCUAGAGGGAUUGCAGAUGAAUCUGCAUACUGCCCUACUAGCUCUGCAGCUACAACAAGCAUCUUUACUGGUCCAACAAACCCAUCUCGUGCAAACACUAGGUGCUAGCACACUCAGCGCCCUCCAACGGCACGAAGCCGGUUUCAACAGCAUUGAAUCGGCGAUACGCAAUCUGAGAACGCCGCAGCCCCCUGUAGCAUUGGGAACGUUGAGCAGGACACAGCAUGCCGUUACUCCCAGGCGUAGAAUGUGUCUUUGCCCGGAGAUAUCAAGUCUCAUUCAGAUCCAUCAACGUUCCUGUCCACUGAAUCGAGGAUCUGCAGGCAGCAACAGCUGGACGAAAAGGUUCGCCUUUGCUAGUCAAUGGCUUGGAAUUUCGGUGGAGGCGAUGAUAUCGAUAUCUCGAGCGGCCAAUGGCUUCAUGAUAUGUCCCAGUCUUCGAUAUCAUCCAAUCGUAUCAAAGGACAGCCCAGCUUUCCUGAUUCUGUACCGUUCCCCCAUCGGCUGGGAACAUGGGCCACCAGAUUGGGACAAUUUUGAUGAGACGGUUAUACACGACCUGCGCCAGCUUUUUGAGGCCAAAAAGGCUAGCCCACUUGACAGGGCUGCAGACGGCUCUACGCUGCUACAUGCUGCUUGUUGGCAAUUCUACGUCGUCACAGUUCUGAAACGACGCUCUUGGAUGAAGAAUCUUGCAGUGAUUGACUAUCUGGUAGACGCCGGAUGUCCUGUAAACGAAGUUUCCUCGGGCUUCUACGGAUCGGCUGAUUACACCCCGCUUGACUGUCUCGUCAACCCAUGGAUGACGAGUGACGCAAUCUCGCAUAUGAUUGACCUUGGAGCUGUAAUCACCGAGGCUCCUCUGUUAAGGGAUAACAAUCGGGUGGUUCUCCAAGAAGCGUUCACCAGGAAAGAGGAAGGUUUCCUCGUUUCCGAUAUUGUCCAUGCGGUUCUGUCACGGUCCAUACACAGCCUAAACAGCCUCCUAAAUGCGAAAGCGACCACAUCCACUGGCGACCCCAACAUUGAUCCAUCGUCACUACUCAAAUUAUCCUUGUGCUGGCACGACGGGUUUCAAGCUUUGCUGGAAGCUUAUCCAGACGCAGAUAAAGUAAAAGUUCUAGAGAGUGCAAUAGCCAGUGACGAUCUCGAGGUGACUGAAGCCCUCUUGAAGCUUGAUACGGCGUUGCCAGGCCGGUCUCUUUCGCUCAGCAACUCAACUGAAAUGGAGCGGCUUGUGCUAGAUUCAUUUAUUACACGGCGCAAGCGACUCUUAGAGCUCGCUCAGAAUACCCUCCCACUCCAUGUCCAGGAUGAAACAGGGAUGAAGCGUGGGAUUCUACCGGACUACAACGCGAUGGAUGUAUAUCUUGAAGUGAGAGCACGCAGUACUUAUAGUGUUACGGCUCUUGAACCCAUUGACGACAGGAGCAUAUACCAUUCUCUCAUGCACAGUACCAACACAAUCUUGGAAACCCUUUACCAGGCAGGUUUCCACGACAUCAAUGCGCUUUCAGGCGGAUACAGUCCUCUAUUCCUCAGGAUGGGCUCAAACUUUGAUAUAAAUGGUACCAUUAUCCAGGAGCCUUGGACACGGAAUAUCGACAGAAUUUUAUGGUUUGUCGGCAAGGGCGCCACGCCGAUAUCUGAAUAUAUGGAAGCGAAGAUUACAUAUCAUCACCUUGUCGCCCUUGAGCUCAUCCAUCAACUGCUGCGUUUUGCAAGCACCCGAACUACAACCCUCCCUGAAAAGAUUUCCGAGGAAUUCAGCGAUUUAUCGGUGCGUCAUCGAGACAUUGUGAAAUCCGCACUGCUAACUGGAUGGCAUGACGAAUGUCAAUGCUUUUGCUCUUUGGAAGGCUGCACGCCAUUCUCAUGGGCAUUCCGGCAUUGGUUCGGUAGAUUGAAGUUUGUGUGGAUGCAUAUGACUGAAGUUGCUUGCUAUCACCAGAACAUGGCCGCAAUAAUGGAGGCCCUGGUCAAGGAGAUAUCGCCAGCCUUGGAUAGUGCUCGAGACGUUAUCAGAUUAUUCACCUUCACUGACCUCUCCCUUACUCAUACCUGCUGUCGCGUGGACAUAUCGUUAAGAUUGUAUCACAACACUCUUCCUUUUGAACAUGGAGAUGCCCGAGAGAUACAUGAUGAGGAACGGUUUCUUCUCGAAGACUUCGAGAAACUGCUCGAGCAGCUGUAUGAGGACUAUGAUUCGCUUAGCGUGCCUCUGUGGGAUUUCAUCGAGACACACUGGUGCAAGAGGAUCUGGGACUAUUUGGAACAAGGCGGGGAGACUGUCGACAAAGAUGCAUUGUGUGUCUUGUUCUCGAAGAAGGUCGGUGAGAUAUAG